AUGAUUAACUCAACGAAUCAAGACUUUCCGCUUCCACCACAUCAGUCUCACUCUUCUUCCGGCUUAGUGGUGCUGUUCGGAGUCAUGGCGUCAGUUGCAUUUGUGAUCGUGGUGGUCGCGACAGUGUGCUACUGCCUAGACCACCGCGAACAAGCUCGUCCACGCGUCGAGCAAUAA